CUUCGGGGCUUGUCUGUAGCCAUGGUACGGGCGCGAGGGUCGCGCACCCUUCCUUUGUUGGCUGCGCUGGCAUUUUUUCGCAGCCUUUGCUGGUUGGCUCGCCCCAAUGCGGCUAACAAACACUGGCCUCGUGUUAGAGGCAGCACAGCGAGGCAUGCCGAGCCCAAGAGGUCAUCAUACGAGACAUCGCCAGACUGGACAAAAUCUGUAGUUGGAGGCUUGACGGAUUUGGUGAACAGCUUUGGGGGCAAUGACGUGGCAGAAAACAGGACGCGGGAGUUUGACGCCAUCUCGCCUGAGCAGCUGCUCGAAGGCAUUCGCGCAGACUUUGAGGAGCGGCAGUACCUGUGGUCGGGGAAUAUUGACACAGAACUAUACAGCGAGGCCUGUCGGUUCACGGACCCAACGAUUUCUUUUCAGGGCUUGUCCAAGUUCGAGUCCAACAUGCGCAACCUCAAGCCGGUUGUGGACGCUCUUAUCCCAGAGGAAAUGCGGAGGUGCGUGCUGCGAGAUAUCCAGCUCCAGGACAACGGCGAGGUGGUGGCCAAAUGGGCCAUGGUGGGCAAGGUAAGUUUGCCCUGGUCACCGCGCAUCAAUGUUGGAGGCAAGACGCGUUACACGCCAGGAGCAGAUGGCCGAAUAGAGUCUUACUUCGAGAAGUGGGACAUUCCUGCUGGUGAAGCCCUGGCACAGCUUCUGAAGCCCACGCAGAGUGACGAAGUAGAUCACUGGCCUGACCAACUGCUUGGAGCUCCCCCGCCAAAACCCAGCCGCGUGGCGCCGGCAUCCGUGCCGGCAGUUCUGCUGCCAGGCUUUGGCAAUGAUGCCAUUGACUACGCUGAGCCGCUGGGUCAGGACACAGACGUGGGCCUGCAGGCAUGCCUCUCUCGGCGCGGAGUCCAGGCAUCCACUGUUCCGGUCCAGCGAUCGGACUGGCUCAAGGUCUUUGCCGGCUUGCUGCUAGAUCCCGAUAGUCGGGCAGGAAAUGGCACAGCCGAGACUGCAUAUGGAUGGUAUUUGGAUCUUGCAAAGGACAAGGUCGAGGAAACGGUGCAGGCUGCUGGGCAGCCUGUCAUCCUGAUUGGCCACAGUGCUGGUGGCUGGCUGGCACGCGCUUUGCUACAGCGGGAGGGCAAAGAAUGGGCGAUUCAGCAUGUUCAAGGCCUGGUGUCCCUGGGCACGCCGCAUAAGCCACCCCCAAAGGGGAAGAUGGACAUGACGUUUGGCUGCUUGCGCAAUCUCAACAAGGCUCAUCCGGGAGCCUACUUCGCUGAUCAUCUCUUCUACGUAUCCGUGGCCGGGGAUGCAGUUACGGGCCAGAAGAUGGAGGGCAACAUCCCCAUCGUGGAGCUCAUCCAGUCGCCUUCCCCGGAGUCCACAGCCUGGAACAGCUAUGUGGCCUUAGGUGGAGUGGGGAAUGCUACUGGGGACGGCCUGGUACCAGUAGACUGGGCCCACCUGCCUGGAGCGGAGCAAGUCACCCUUGAGGGCUGCCUUCACAGCAUCAACGUGGCGGGAACCACGCGGCCCACAAACCGCUCUUACUUGUGCGAAUAUUUCGUGGAUGAAUGGGUGGAGAAGGUCCUUGACAGCGUUCGGGAAGGUGUACCAGAAGUACCUGAGGCUGCAAUUCGCUAG